CCUGAACAAUUGAACAAGAUAUUUGAGCUGUGUGGAUCUCCAGAUGAGAUUAUUUGGCCUGGGGUUUCCAAGAUUCCCUGGUAUAACAAGUUCAAGCCAACAAGGCCGAUGAAGAGGCGAGUGAGGGAGGUUUUUAGACAUUUUGACCGUCAUGCGCUGGAUUUACUAGAGAAAAUGCUAACCCUUGAUCCAUCUCAGAGAAUAUCUGCAAAGGAUGCCCUUGAUGCUGAAUAUUUUUGGACUGACCCCUUACCUUGCGAUCCUAGAAGUUUGCCUAAAUAUGAAUCAUCACACGAGUUCCAGACAAAGAAAAAAAGGCAACAGCAGCGACAAAAUGAAGAGAUGGCAAAGAGACAGAAAUUGCAGCACCCACAACAACAUGCUCGUCUGCCUCCAAUCCAACAAACAGGGCAAACUCAUCCUCAGCAUUGGUCCGGGCCUAAUCCCAUGAACAAUUCCCAGGCUCCAGUGUCAGCUGGACCUAGUCACCACCACUACGGAAAGCCUCGUGGUCCUCCCGGAGGGCCAAAUAGGUACCCUCCUAGCGGUAAUCCUAGUGGUGGGUAUUAUCCUGAUCGUGGGGGUCAAGGGGGAGGUUACAGCAGCGGAUCGUAUCCACCACAGGGGCGAGGACCUCCAUAUCCUGGAAGCGGUGUCCCUGCAACUGGUGGUCCCCGAGGAGCCCCUCCUAGUGGUUAUGGAGUUGGUGCACCUAACUACUCCCAGGGCGGUCAAUAUGGAGGUUCUGUUGCGGGUAGAGGUCAAAACCCAAUGGGCGGUAAUCGUAAUCAGCAGUAUGGUUGGCAGCAAUAAGUGAAAUAAUUGCAAGUUGGAAGAUACACAGACUGAAUAGCAAUGAUUUACAAGAGUUUUUACAGUGUCAGAUUUAGGAACUUUGAAUCUAGAAAUGUACAGGUGCUUUUGUGUCGUGCCUUGUUUAUUUGUGAAACUGAUUUAGAAAUGGUAGGGAAAUUUAGAGAUGACAAUGAUUUGUAGCUUUGGUUUCUAGGAAGCAGUUAUGUUUGUUUGCUUGCUUUUGCUUAAUGAUAGAGAAGGGAAUGGUGGAUUUGUAGUUUGAGUUUGUGGAUUAUGCUCGUUCAAAAAAAAAAAAGUUUGUGGAUUA